AUGGCUCGACAGCACAACAAACUAGCCGUCAGUGGCAUCAAGAGACCUUUGUCUGUUGCUAGAGGGUGGGAUUUCCUGCAGCGCGUCAUUAUUAUCAGCAGUACCAGACCAUCCCAGGGAUCACUUUUGCAGGUUGCACGGAAUCCUCCUAUCGAACAUUUUCACGAGAGUUCCCGGGAGCAAUCGCAGCACAUUGAAAAUAUAGGAAAAAAUAACACUAUAAGCCACCCACCUGCAGAGCGCAAUUUUCACACACUGUCAAACGUCCUAAGACCGUUCCAAAAGACUGCCACCGAUCGAUCCCGAAUCGUCUGA